AGUAGGUAGGUACCUACCUACUUACCGACCUGCCUGGCCAUGUCGGUCGAGGCUGAUUCUGCCGACGAUUGGCGGUGCAAGGAAGGAGAGAGGUGCUUGCACCUGGUGUUGCAAUUGCCUCCAGCGAAGUGGCUUCCCAUCGAAUGGUGUGUGACAGCUGGGAAGGUAGGUAGGCAAGCAGGCGUCUCAGUCUGGCAGGCACGCAGGCAUGCAGGCACAGUAGAAAUCGCCUACCUUACCUACCUUACCUUACCUUAGGUACAAUGAGUACUUGUAAGUCUGUCACAGUGACGUCGAACCGCCGCCUCUUGUGAAUUGUCUGCUGGGGAAUGACGCAGUCCAUCGGGUCCGUGCCUUCCCUUUCCCUUUGAAGUCCGAACUGUCGACAGCGACGGCAACAACACAACACAACAUACACUGUAGAACACGGCCUCCAUUUAUUUCCAUCCAAUUCCUUCCGCCUCCCACCACGGCGGCAAGUCCUAGAUCCUAGAGGUACAUCGUACGUGUGUGACAAGUGCGCAAGGCGGACCUCAGGCAUCUUGCCCUUUGUAGGGUACCUGGGUAGGGUCAGCAGCCAAUGCCAAUGCACGUACAUCCACAUACAUACCUUGUACCUCGCCAUCGCCAUCUGACCUCACCAUCUACGAUUUCGUCGGUUGAUCUCAUCUACCUACAGUAACACCUCGUCCCUGCAUCGCCAUUCCCGCCUGGAAAAAAGACACCCACCCUCCAUCAUCUCAAGACUAGGGUCGUCCAGCAUAACCCAUCCCUCCCGGAUUCGCCAAAUAACAUCGCCGCCACCCCCGGUCACUCUUUCUGCAUGAGGAGCUUUUCUUCCGCCGCAGCCAAUCGCCUCCGUCAUUCUCGACGACUGUUCCGUCACGCCGGCUCUGUGCCGUCACCUAUCCGUGUCCCGCCGUCCCUGAUAUCAUAUUUUGCCCAUUCUGUUCACACGAGCCAAUUCACGCCUGAGAAAACUCAAACCACACCAGCCCGUCUACUUAACCCUUACGCCGCCAUGGCUCCCUCCAAACGUAAGAAGUCUGCUGCUACUGCUAUGGAUUCCUUACCUGGCAACCCCAAGUCCGCCAAGCCCGGCCCACGUCGUUCCGCCCGUCACCUGCCCGAAGUUAACCCCGUUCCCGUUCCUGAAUCCGGCGCCACAAUGUGCCCGGCCCCCGGUCAAGAAGCAACCGAUGAGCCCUCCGCAAAGCGCCGCCAUGUAAGCCGCAACAAGGUCGAGGCUUUUCAGGAGGGCGUGCGCAACGCCGUAAUAGAGCUCAGCGAGAUGGAGAACCGUCUACAGAACGCCACGAGAACGUCCCGCCUGGCCGUCGAAGCGAGCUCCAUCGCCCUCCGCAGCGAUGACGGCCGAUCGGAAGAGACUUCCUUCCGUCCCCGGCUGAAAACGAGACCAACCGACCCCGAGGAUCGCGCCCGCAAGGACGAGGAAGAGCGAUCCGGCACCCCCAAUAUGGACGCCGCCCCAAUCAAUGGCCCCGAUGGCGAAGCCGCCAUCUGCGACGUCGAGGACGACAAAAUCCGCGAGGAAGACGCCCCCGAGAGGGGUGCAGCACGAGAGCCCCCCGUCAACAGCGCAUAUUUGCCUUUGCCAUGGAACGGCCGAUUGGGUUAUGCUUGUCUCAAUACAUACCUUCGCGCUGCUAAUCCCCCAGUCUUUUGCUCGCGGACUUGCCGGAUAGCAUCCAUCCUGCAACAUCGCCAUCCUCUCGCAGACCCGACCCAACCUGAACACGCAACCAAAAAUAGACCCGACGAUACCCAGCCCGCCGACAUUCGCCGCGGACAGGAGUACGUCCAGGAAAUUGGGUUGGCGAAUGCUAGGGACAUUCCCAAGAUGCUUCGAUGGAACGACAAGUACGGCAUCAAGUUUAUGCGCCUCAGCUCCGAAAUGUUUCCUUUUGCCAGCCACGAGGAAUACGGCUAUAGUCUCGCCCCUUUCGCUGCCGACGCUCUUGCCGAGGCGGGCAGAGUAGCCGCCCAGCUCGGGCAUCGGCUUACUACCCAUCCGGGCCAGUUUACGCAGCUAGGUUCGCCUCGCAAAGAGGUCAUCAAUGCCGCGGUUCGCGAUCUGGAAUACCACGACGAGCUGCUCACGCUGCUCCGCCUUCCCGAGCAGCAGGACCGGGAUGCCGUCAUGAUUCUGCACAUGGGCGGCACCUACGGUGAUAAACCGGCCACCCUGGACAGGUUCCGUACCAACUAUACCAAACUGUCGCCGUCUGUCAAACGGCGCCUGGUCCUGGAGAACGACGACGUAUCGUGGUCUGUCCACGACCUUCUGCCCAUAUGCGAGGAACUGGACAUUCCUUUGGUUCUCGACUUUCACCACCACAACAUUGUAUUCGACGCGAGCCAGCUACGAGAGGGCACCGAAGACAUUACUAAACUUUUCGACCGUAUUCGCGCGACGUGGACUCGCAAGAGCAUCCGGCAGAAGAUGCACUACAGUGAAUCAUGCCCUGGUGCGGUCUCACCGCGUGAUCGAAGGAAACACUCGCCGCGUGUACGCACAUUGCCUCCUUGUCCUCCUGACAUGGACCUUAUGAUCGAGGCCAAAGACAAGGAGCAGGCGGUUUUAGAGCUCAUGCGCGCCUUCAAGUUGCCAGGAUGGGACACGUUCAACGACGUUGUGCCAUAUGAGCGACUGGACGAGCUUCGCGCCAACAAGGCCGGAAAUGCUAAGAAGGACAACAAGAAGCCGCCCAAGAAGUCGAAGAAGAGGGCCAAGAAUGACAACUACGAUGAAGAAGACGACGACGACAACGGCGAUGGCGAUGGUGAUAACAAGGCGGCAGAGCCUGGGCCUAUGGAUGUCGAGGUGUCGACCAUCUCUCCUGAUGAAUUCGGGAUGGGUGGGCCUCAAAAUAGGGUGUACUGGCCCCAGGGCUUGGAGGAGUGGUUGAAGCCCAAGAAGAGAGAGGUGAAGAGGAGCAAGUCGACCAAGGUGAGAGAAGAAGUUGCUUAGGGGUUUCAACGGGAGGAGGGAUAAACUAUCGACACUGUACAUUGACAUCAUUGAGGUUUCGCAUGUACGACAGAACUAUCAUGUACCACCAAUACUACUAGCGCAGCAUUUUGGAAUAAACGAGCCUGUCGAAAUGGAAAUCAGCGC